GAAAGAAGGGGGAAGAAAAAACAUGCAGAGAGAGAGAGAAAACAGACAACAGAUGCAAGGUCCGAGAGCAUCGGGAUUAGAGUGCUCAGAAAACCCUGGAAAUGGCGUUUCUGGCUGAAGGAAUAGGUCUCACUGCUCCCCUGUUUUUGGUGGUAUUAGCAUCACUACCCAUCACCUCUUGUUUAAGCAACUCCGCCCCCUCUUGGGAUAUUCUGACGACAUCGAUCAUGUGUCGCAAAGUUUAUGUAAUAAUCUGAGGACAGAAACCAAGAGUGAGUGAUAAAGAGGGAAGGGGAGGGACAGAGAUGACAAGAAAGAGUUGGAGCAGUGAGAAUUAGAGAAAUACAAAUGAUGGGAGCGAAGCCAUCUAAAAGAAGCAGCGUGAAGAAGGGGGUCCCGCCCCUGGAAGGCAGUGGACAGCCAUUGGCAUCCGCCGUGUUAAGAGGCAGCGGUGAUGCGGCAGCUGAGGAUGAGGAUGAUGAAGAGCUGGGCCAGCAGUUUGAGGAGCCGAUAUGUGCUCUGGUUCAGAACUGUACCAUGCUACACAACAUCGUGGGCCCAGCCUGCAUCUUUCUCCGGCAAAGCUUCGCUCAGGCUCAACUCGACAGAGAUCUACGGCCAGAGGAAAUUGAAGAGUUGAAAGAAGCCUUCCGGGAAUUUGACAAAGACAAGGACGGCUUCAUUAGCUGUAAGGAUCUGGGCGAGUGCAUGAGGACGAUGGGCUACAUGCCCACAGAAAUGGAGCUGAUUGAACUCAGUCAGCAGAUCUGUGGUGGUAGAGUGGAUUUCGAGGACUUUGUAGACCUGAUGGGCCCAAAGAUGCUGGCUGAGACAGCAGACAUGAUCGGAGUGAAAGAACUGAGAGAUGCUUUUAGAGAGUUUGAUUCCGAUGGUGAUGGUCAGAUCAGUCUGGCUGAACUAAGGGAAGCCAUGAAGAAGCUGAUGGGAGAGCAGCUCAACCACAGAGAGAUUGAUGAGAUCCUCAGGGAUGUUGACCUCAAUGGAGACGGGCAGGUUGACUUUGAAGAGUUUGUCCGAAUGAUGUCUCGCUAACUUAGAAGACUCAUGAAAAAGGGAGAGAACAACCGGCUUGUCAACUCCUAAUGUGAAGAGUGAAAUGCGUCUGCUUUAACUACUUUAUGUAAUUAUUUAAACCAUG